GUAAUAUUCUUCUUUCAGCCACAUUUGCGUUCGCCUACGUGGGUGAUGAACUUCCAAAGGGGCAACAGUUUUGAAUGUGCUACCCUCUUGGUUGGUUUAUUGCUAGGACAAAGUUACAACGCGGUAGUAGUGAGCGGUUAUGCAUCUCGUGAACAGAUACUAUGUGACUUAUCCAAAAGACCUUGUCCAUAUCUGCCAGAACAAGAGAAGCAGACGUCAUCGUUGCCUUCGUCGAUCGACGUGUCCGAGAUCUUUAAGUAUCAGCUGAUACCACCACUGGACUUUAGAAGUCAAUUGUUGUUGGAGUUAGAAGAACGUAAGAAAAGCAAAAAGAUAGACGAACUACGGCUGCUAGAGGAAGAGCGACAGAAAAAGAUCGCUGAUUAUGAGCGACCAAAGCCGGACAAAUACUUUGGCCACAGGAUACAUGCGUGGGUGGCGAUUCUGCCGGGAGAUAAAGGUAUGCGGAAUCAAGAAAUCAUCGAGCCAAUCUUCAUCGAGCCUUCCUCUGGAAUAUCUUAUCGACUAGUCGGUGACGAGAUCAAUUUGUUAUAUCUCGGGGUGGAGAGCGUUUGGAAUGAUAAGAAUUAUUGGGUGAACAUGCAACCUCGCGUAAACGGCUGUGCGAAAAUUGAUUGGGAUUUAAGUAACACUCAAUUCUGGGAACACUUGCUUCCCGGCGAACCAUGGACAGCGCCGAACGAUACGGAGAUGGCCGAGGAGGAUAUUAUAGAACAGAAUAAACAUUUAGACAUGCCGGCCUCGUACGUGAGUGAAAUUCGGAUUCACAAUAUAGAUUUUGAAAGGCGAUACCCAAACGGCAAUAAAACGAUAUUUUAUAAAAAAGCCAAAGUAGAAUUAUUUGCACCAUACGUUCGUACGGACGGUCUGGUGCGACGAGUAACAAUUUAUGAAGAUUACCAGUAUACUUCGCCUGUUCGAUGUUACGAAAAAUAUUUAAAUAGAAGCGAUUGUCUCGUGGAAUCUACAAGAGAUGUGGGUACAAGUAUAAUUACGGAUUCGUUCGAUAAAAGUCGACCGGAUCAUUGCAAAGCACAUCGUUAUCUUGCACAUAGCAUUGACGCGAUAGACAGCGAGAGAAUGAUAGACUUUUAUGACAAUGCGCGCUUCGAUGGAUUGUUACGAAUCGAAAUAGAUCCCUUCCAUUUAACUCAGCAUUAUGUGGAUCGCGAAGAUUUCCUUUAUUACAGACACGCUGAGUUUUCGACGGACACAAGCGAUUCGACGAUAGACAAUAUCCAUUUUCGACGUAUCACCAAAAUGGUCGAGAAGUAUCAUAGAGACGAGAAGAUUCCGGCUUAUAGAGACAUAGCCAUCCGAGAAUUCAUGAUGAUCGAGAAUGAGAUACGUGUUAAAUUUCAUUAUAACAAAGGCCAGAGCACUAGAGCCGCUCGUACAUUCGUAAAACCAUCGAUAGCAGAUCGGGGAGAUCGUUUGGUUUUCGAUUCUAAUAUGAUUCGCGGAUAUCAUCCAAAUCCAACGGCGCCACCGGAGAAAAACAUCGAUAUCUUCUACGAAUUUGAUAAACAUUUAAAAGACGAAGAUCAUUCUAUGUCGUGUAUCAGAGACGCCGAGAGUGAGGUUGCGUCGUUCCUGAAAGAGAGAGCAGACGAAAAUUUAAAUUUGCAGCUUACAGUGUCGUUAUUCGAUAGAGAUAGAGCAGUCGAUAUCGCCGCGGUGGAAUUAGGAACGGAGGACCCACGUUAUCCGAGUCAAGGAGACUUCGCGCGAGAGUUGAAUCCAUUAGGACCGUAUUUGGCGCGAAUCGGCAAUCCGUCGCGCAUUAGCAAAGCGGAAGCUUAUCUGCUGCGCGACGAAUGUUUGGACGAUUUCAAACGGUCAACCGUGGAGAAAGCUAAUCGUAUUUUACUCGCUAUCCGAGAGCGUGCUGCUGAAUUGGAGAAGCUGCAGGCCACGUUGACGCAGACUACGGAGUUACCGAAAACGGAGGAGGAACGAAUACUGGCGAAAAUCAACGAAGUUGGCUUCGACUUGUACCUGCUGGAAACGUACCUCAAUCGACACAGAGAGUCGACGUCGUCGAGAUACAGAGUACUGGUGGGUCAUUUGCAGGAAAAUCCGCAUAUUCAAUCGCUCGACACGAAGCACUGA